AUGUCCCGCAUUGUACCGAAAGUAUCAUCCACGUGCAGUUCUGGACCCUUAAAUAGCAAUGUGCUUUGUCAAGCGCUUUCUAUUGUCAGAGGAAUUGUGGAGUCCUGUUACGGCCCUUUUGGUAGACUAAAACUAAUACAUAAUGCUGUUGGAGGCAACAUUAUAACCACAUCACACUCUUCAGUCCUUUUGGGUAAUCUUUCUCUGUCACAUCCUGUGAUAAAGCUACUAAUGGCUUCUAUGUGGAAUCACAUUUCUCGAUUUACUGAUUCUGGACUAUUUGCAACAAUUCUAUGCUGUAAUUUGACUGAAAGUGCAAAACAACUUAACAUACCAAGCAAUCACAUAGUCAAAAUCCAGAAAGAUCUUCUGAAUAUUUGCAUCAGCUAUCUGAGUUCUGAGGAUUGUAGCUGCAAAAUAAAAAUAGAUUUUAGUAACACAAAAAUGUUGCUUUCACUUGUUGGCACAGUGAUAAAUAAACCCACUUGCAUGUUGACUAUCAAAGAAACUGACUACAUCAGUUCAUUGGUGUUAAAAGCAUUCUUUCAUACAAUUCCUUCAGUAAUUGGAGAUAACGUAACCUUGGGAAAGACGUUGAUUGUUCCUAUUGAGGGACAAAAUGUUACUGACUCCUGUGUACUUCAUGGAAUCCUUAUAGAAAUCUUUGCAUCUUAUUCAAUGAAAAUUGAUACUGCAAAGUUGACAUUUGGUUGUAUUAAGAUUGCAGUAUUCAGUGUCUCCAUGUCAGGAGAUGUUGUUGACAGUGGGAAUGGGCAUUGGGAGGUGGCAUCAGGUUUUUGCCCAGAAGAUGAAUCACUUGUACAGCUGCUGAAGGUGGGAGAACAGCUUGUUUGUGAUCAAGUUCAUCUCGUGAUCUGCCAGAAAGUAAUUCAUCCGGUUCUAAAACAAUAUCUCCAGGAGCAACAUAUAAUAGUGGAAGAUCGCCUCGGGAUUGCCCUAAUGGAGCCACUGGCCCAAAUGACAGGUGCACAGCCUAUUAGUUCGUAUUAUCAUCCCAUUUCACCAAGCUGUUAUGGCAAUAUUAAGAAUCUGUUGUUUGUGAAGUGUGGUUCCAGGCAAUUCCUGCAUCUCAUUCCAAAUGAGAACAAGCCUAUAUGUAGUUUAAUACUCUGCAAUAGAAGUGAAGCUGGACUGAAUGAGUUAAAGGUUGUCUGUCAAUCAGCAGAAUGUGUCCUGAAACUGGCACUCAAAGAGCCUUUUGUCUUACUCGGAGGAGGGUGCACUGAAUGUCAUCUAGCUACUACCAUAGAAUAUAAGAGCCACUAUGUGACUGAUGAAAAAUUAGCAGAGCUGGGCUGCUCCCGAACAGAAUACAAAGUUGUUGCUGAUAGUUUCUGUCGCUCACUGGCACGUACUGCAUCUUCAUUGGAACAUGAUGGUGGGCAAAACUUCAUUGAUGCCAAAUAUGGCCAUCGUUGGUUAGUCCUACCCAAUACGCCUCUGCAUAUUCACUGGUCUGAAGUAUUUUCUAGAUGUGUUUGUGGAUUUUAUACAGCACACCAAGACCUGAACUGGACUAUUUUAGGUAAUAAGACAACAAUAGCUAGCUUAGAAACAUCGCUUGAGAAGCCUAGUGAAUAUUUCCCAAAUCAAUCUAUAUUGGAUUCGUACAGUGCAAAACUUAAUGCUAUACAAGUAGCAGUAGAAACCGCUAAUUUGAUAGUGGAAUUGCAAUAUGUUAUUCAAGAUCAGAAUUAAAUUUGCAAACCUUUUAUAAUUAAAGCCUCUUUUCUAUCCUACUCAAUUCCAGACUUAAGAUAUAGUUUUCAACCUAGUGACAUAGCUGUAGUGAGUUAAAACGUUGUUCUGACAAAGUUGUGAACAAAUAUUGGAAAAAUUAUGCGUGUUUUUGCAUAACUAUAUUUGUCAACGUGGAGUGGAGAGCGAGUUUGUAAAUCUGGCAGGAGCAAAGAUGUUGGGAAGGGCGAGGGUGGUGUGCCACUGGAGGGGUGUGGAACAGGUGGCGAAGAAGGAGUGCCAGGGCUAAGGGGGUGAAGCGUGGGUGCAGACGCACCCAGCCCUGAGACACCACGCAAGGUCAUAUAAUUCCAAACAAUUAAUUUCUUGAUCAUUACAGAAUGCUUCUCUGGUGCUUCCUGCUCCCUCACCUCUCCCUUCUCCUAGCCUUGAUUCCCCUCUCCCUGCCCCCUUCCCACUCUCUGCCAGCAAUCAAGAUGCUUAUCAGAAUCAGGUUUAUGAUCGCUCACAUAUGUCACAAUUUUUUUUGCUGUAGUGCAGUACAAUACAUAAAAUUACCACAGUACAGUGCAAAAGUGCUAGACAAGAUACAGUUAAGCUGUAUUUUUGGAAAUAGCAUACCAGUGAUUGUUGGUUUAAAUUAAUUGGAGUACUUAUAUGGGAGAUACUAUGCUAAUUUUGCACAUAAGUUCUUGGAUAAAUGCAGUGAGAAAAAUCUGAAUUCUCUGCUUAUUAGUGGUUGAUUUGUUUAUGUUUAACAAGGAUUUUAUAAUGUUCGCAAAUGUAAAAGUUUGAUUUUAGCAAAUCUUUCUACACUUUCAACAUGUAAACUUAUCUUGUCAAAGCUUGUUGACUGAAAUCUAAUUAUAAUCACAACUGUCUUUUAAUUGAUCACCUUAAUUUAAUUGUGAUAAAGUCGAUCUUUGUUAUGCAUUGCCUUUUGUGUUUUUCAUGUUUCCAGACCAUCCAAAAGUUGACUCUUUGCAAGUUUAGCCACUAUGUUCAAACACAGAUCAGCUAGGGAACUGCACAUCCCUUUGAUGAUUUGUUGGUUGCUCUAACUUUGUUCUGUAAUGAAGAUAAGAGCCAAAAGGCUCUUUAAACCUAUCUAUUGUGAAAGGAUUACUUUAGGAAGAGAUCAAGACAUUUGAACAAAUGGCUUGUAAUUAUGAACAAAGAACUUCAUAUUUGACAAUGCACGAUUCUUGGAAAAUGUGAAUUCUGAGAUGUGAAAUAUAUAUUUAUUUGCUUUAGAAUGUUAUUAAAAGUGAAUGGUCAUUUGUAAUUGUGCCUUUCAUAAAAUCAGAAUAUCUCCAAGUACUUCAUUGUCAACAAAGUACAUUUGAAAUACAGCUAUUUUUGAAAGGGAAAUAUAGCGUUUGUGUUGUAAUAGGAUUCCAGAAAGUGAUUAGAUUAUCAACUUAUUGGUAUUUUAGUAUUAAUAAAAUUCCACUUCUGGUGCAAAAUAAAUUUGAAUAAACAUGAAGUUAUUUGCUUAAAUUUCCUAUUAUCUUUAUCAUAGAAUAUUUUCAAAAGCAAUAGUUUGUGAAAGAUUUAACGUAUAAGAAGUCAUGGUCAAUUGUGUCUUCUUUAUAUGUAUCAAUCAAAAUGUAUCUACAACAGUAAUGCCUAAGUACUUCUAAUA